CCCAGACUGCGAAGAACAAAACAAAACAAACACCACGUUUUGGUUCUUGGUUUGGAUCAGAUUUGAGAUUAUUGUUUUAUGUUUAUGUGUGUUUUAUUUUUAUAUUUAUGGAAUUAGGUUUUGCAUUUUGUUAAACGCUUGGAGAGUAGAUAAAAUCCACAGAUGGAGAGCAAUGCCCUAAACAGCGAUGAAAAACUUGAGCCAAAUCUUCCUAAGAAACCUAAAAUUGAAGAAGGUUGCAGCACGGAGGAACAUGGUGAAAAACCUGUGUCCAAGUCACAGCUCAAAAAGUUAAAGAAGAGAGAACAUUGGGAGAAAAAUAAACUCUUGAAGAGGGCAAAAGAAAAGGCAGCAGCUAAAGAGAAAAGAAAAGUCGAUCGAUUGAAUGGAGUAGCAGGACCGCCUAGGAGAAAAGAAUUGAAAAAUAAUUCGAUGGCUUCAAGUAAAUGUAAAACUUCUGUUGUGGUCGAUUUGUCCUUUGAUGACAAGAUGGACAAGAGGUCGGUUGAAAAAUGCGUCAAGCAGCUGCUGAGGACAUACAGUCUAAAUCGAAGAGCUGAAAACCCAAUGCAACUGUAUUUUACAAGUCUCUCAGGAGAAUCGCUAUCAGAGAUGAAGAAGCAUCAAGGUUACCAAAAUUGGGAUGUAAAGAUAACGGAUAAACGUUACAAUGAGAUGUUUGCAAAAGAAAAGAUUGUAUAUUUAAGCAGCGAAUCAGAGAAUGUUUUGGAAAAGUUAGAAGAAGACAAGGUGUAUGUGAUUGGAGGUUUAGUGGACCACAAUGCGCACAAAGGUCUGUGUCACAAUCUAGCCGUUCAGAAUGGAAUAAAUCAUGCUCAGCUACCAAUCGGAGAGUAUUUGCACAUGAAAAGUCGGAAAGUUUUAACAAUCGAUCAUGUUUUUGAAAUCCUUCUUGAAGUUAGUGCCGGUGCUUCAUGGAAAGACGCAUUCUUGAAAAUAAUUCCAAAGAGGAAAGGCGUUGAAGAGAAAAAUGAUAUUUCAAAGGACAACCCUGACUGUGUUUCUAAUGGGGACAGCAGCUAACGAAAUGUUACUUUUUCGUGUCUAUUACGUGCCUUUUGGGGUAGAUGUUGUUCUAAAUAAAAGGCAAACUUUUAUCAAUGACUACGAAUUUAUUGACAAAAGCACAUCAACAUCUGAGUAAUCAUGUUUAAUAUGCUGAUAAUAUAAUAGCUAUAUUAAAAUCACAAAAACAAUUUUUGCAGGUUUCCUUAAACUUUGAGUGAAAAGUGUACCAUUGUAAAGUGUAAGUUUAAUUUGAAAUGGUGCGAUAGCAUGAGUCAAGCGCAGAACCAGCCGCGCGAACAGUGUUUCCCAAUUGUUCAAUGUAUGAACAUACAAUUGACUAGUCGACUUUUAAUUUGGACUAAUACUUAUUUAAGCAUUAAUUUUCUUUCACGAUCAGAUUUCAUGAGUGUGGACAAAAAUAAUUGUACUAUAGUGAUUUUACUCUCUCCCUUCACUCAAGCGUACAAUGAAAAAAAGAGAGGCCUCUGGUUCAGAACGAAUAUUUUAACAUAAUACAGAGAGAAUUAAUCUGAUAACUAAUCUUCACAAUGGCUACUACGCUGUUCUUAAAUUUUAUCAAUGCAUAGUUUGGUCAUUAGUGCAGAUAAUAAAUUAGGUCAAUCCAGCGGUACAAUACAAAUCAGGUAUAGUCUACAUAAUAACGGCACAGCAAAGUAGAUUCUAGAUUAAGAAUUAU